CGGUUCGGUUCAGUUGGUUAUUUCACUCACGACCCGCAACAUCGCAACACAUCGUCGUCGACAUACCUUAAUGUACCCAGUACGUGCGCCGAUCGACCUAUUGUGAUUAUUAAUUUUUUUUUCCAAAACGGUUUGUGGUAGCUUAGCUCGAUAUCGUACGAUCAUAAAAUAACAUCAGUUUUCCUAUUACAUACGCGCAGUGAAUUUUUUCUCAUUUAUUUUUUAUUGCCAUCGCCUGUCUGUGAGAAUGGAAGAAGAUCUUCAAGCAGUCGUUGAAUAAUCGCAAACGCCAACUUUGGCCACACACAAACCCAGUUACCACCACGACGCGGGACGAUCGCGCUCUGGUGCUGCAGCCGGCGCGUGUGUCCGUUGGAGCGGAGUACGGCGCGGGACGGGACGGCGGGACGCGAUCACCACCGUCGGACGCGCGGAACAAUGGAAAAUCCGGCGUACAACCCGGAGGAGGGCCAGCGGAUGGCCAACGAGUGUUUGGCCGCGAGGUUAUUGUCCGGCAAGGACGGGACGGGCGGCCGCGGCGGCGGCACCGCGGUGUCCACGAUCUACGACCCACGCGCCUACGGAACCACCGCCGCCGCCGCAGCGACCAACGCGCGCCGGGUAGUGACGACGACGCCCACGCCGGCCGCAUUCCAACGGCGGCGGCGGCCGGCGGCCCGGCACAGGCCGGCGGCGAAACCGCGAGCAGCCACCCCGAUAUACCUCCCGCAUUGCAGGCGCACUUCGCCGCCCAGGGCCAUGUGCCACACCAACAUGUUCGUCCUGUACACGUUCCUGUUCUUCACGGCUGUCAUAUGCCUGACCACCAGCGUGCUGUUGUACAUCACUAGAAUACAAGUUCCAUUUAAAGAGAAAUAUCCAUUAGUAGUAGAAGGAGAAUUUCAAAUUACAAAUAUCCCGUACACGAUAGGCUUUGUGGAUAGAAACUCCACCGAGUUUUUAGCACUAAGUGCCAAUAUCACGACUCAGUUGGAUAACACGUUCAGAAAUAGUGAACUGUCACCGUGGUAUGAUGGCUGUGAGGUGAUUGAUCUAAGUCCUGGUCAAGCUAAAGGUGUUCAAGUGCAAUGCGAGAUCAAGUUCUCGCAAGAACCCGAAUCAGCUAUUGGCAUUGGGCAGAUCGGUAUUGCAUUCCUUAAAACACUCCGCAUACAACAUGGACAUACUUGGCUAGGCAACUACAGCGUGGAUGUUCAAUCUAUUGGAUUUCAAAUGAGUGGUGAGUUGGGAAUGUGGACUGAUUGGUCUGAAUGGAGUGGUUGUGAAGAUCCCGGAGAUUAUGUAGCUACUAGGACCAGAAAAUGUUUAACUCGUGACACGCGAGAACCAACAAGCGUAGACCGAUGUCUGCUAAUACCGGGCAAUAAGAGUGAUCUGGACCUGAUGCCCUGUCGAAUAUAUCUAUCACAAAGCUCGGACCUCGAUGAAUAUUUCACAGUUCCACCAUCGAUUUCAACAUCAACCAACAAGGAAGUAAUUGAACAAGCACCGACGAACAAAGUCACUGAAAACGUUGAAGAUAAUUGGAUUUGUGACGAAUGCAAAGAAGACGAAGUUUGUUUGGCCGACCGUGAUGAAGGAAUUCUGCAGUGUUUGCCAAGCUUAGAUACAAAGGAUUUAACUGGAUGUGGUGGACGAUGUGGCAUAAACACCCAGUACUGUCAAAAUAUUCAUAGAAAUGCGUAUACUUGUGUGGAUACGUCACCGUGCUCUAAAAACGAGUUCGAGUGUGGAAACCGUAUGUGCGUUUCGGAUAAAUCGAAGUGUAAUGGUAUUUACGAUUGUUUAGACCAGACAGACGAAAAAGAUUGUCCAUGUGAUCUCGAAACGCACUUCCGAUGUGGCAUUCAAUGUUUGCUAAAGACGAAAAUGUGCGAUGGCGUGUCUGACUGUUGGAAUGGCCACGACGAACUGAAUUGUACCCAUUGCGAAGACGGUAAAUUUGCUUGUAAUUCAAACGAUGAGUGUGUGAUCUACGAUCAUUUUUGUGACGGAUAUCCAGACUGUACAGACAAGUCUGACGAACCGUUAGGAUGUGAAGGGCCUUGCAGGAGUAAUGAGAAAGCUUGCAGAAAUGGUCGGUGUGUAAAAAUCCAUGCACUUUGUGAUGAAAUAGAAGACUGCGGAAAUGAAUUUAACAAUAAAACUAAUUGUUAGUUUGUAAAAUUUAAAAAUAAUAUGUAUAUUGAAACAUUUAUUUAGGUAUA